CAUAUUGAAAAAUAUAAUAAAAAUAGAAAGAAAAUGAGCCUGGAUGUGUUUAGCCUCACGCUCACAAUUGAAAACCAGCCUGCUGGAAAUGAAAAGGAUGAUUUAAAUUUUUGCUGCUUGGAAUCCUGUGGGAAAAACCUGUAUGUUGGAACAAAAGAUUGUUUGGUGCUCCAUUUUGUUUUGCCUGACUUGAGCCAACCGGGGAAUGAGAAAACAUGCCCACAACAAAAAGAGGUUAAGAAGAGACACCUGGGGACAAAGAAGCCGAUCAGGCAGCUAAAGGCCUCACCGAUACUGACCCGUCUGCUGGUGCUCUCUGACAGUGCCGUCAGUGUGCUGAACAUGUUUAGUCUAGAACCCAUCCAAACCAUGCAGAAAAUCCGCAAUGUUGCACUGUUUGAAGUCAAUGAGAUGGCUGCGUUUACAGACCCAGUGUUCAUUGAGCUGUUUGUUGUGGCCUCAAAGAAGAAAGCCAUUUAUAUCUAUGCUGUUUCAACUGACAAAUGGGAAUGUGUGAAGGAAGUGCCAUUUCCAGAGGAGCCCUUGGCACUGGCUGUGGAUAGGAGCUGUCUCUGCGUGGCAAUGUCAGAACGGUACAUCCUUCAUAAGCACACGAAUGGAACUACCCAAGAGCUUUUUCCUUAUGAUAAAGUGAAACAAAACCCCAUAAUUAAAGUGGUUGGGAGAGGAGAAUUUCUUUUGAAUGGACCAGGAUCUUUGGGAAUGUUUGUUACAAACUGUGGCAUUUCUCAGCGUCCACCUCUACAAUGGCCAGAGCAGAUAUACAUGGCUGCUGUAUAUUUCCCAUAUGUUGUAACACUGGACAGUGAAGCUUUAAGAGUUUAUAGUAUUCUGGACCAGCAACAAAAACAGCUCAUCCCUUUUCAGAAAGGAUGUAUUCUAGUGUCAUCACAAGAAAGAGUUUUUGUAUUGACCAGCAGAGAAAUCUACAGCCUGAUACCAGUUCAAAUAGAAGAGCAAAUCGAAACCUUACUGAGCAGAGAACAGGCUUCUGAAGCUCUGGAUCUUGUCAAAGGAGCACGGGCUGUCAUUCCAAAAAAUAAAUACAAGGCAGUGUAUCAGUAUGUUCUUCAACAAGCCGGAUUUAUAAAGUUCUUCCAGGAAUGCUUUUCUGAAGCCAAGGAACUUUUCAUCAAAGGCCAUCUUGACCCCAGAGAAGUCAUUGCCUUGUAUCCUGAUUCCCCGCCUCUCAGUACAACCUUUAAACAGCCUCGUCCCUCAGUGUGCAACAUUAAGGAUCUCAAUCAGAUGAAAAAGGGAGAUCCUGAAAGGCUUCAGCGAUACAAACAAUUUCUUGUGGAUUUCUUGAGUGCAAUCCGUCUGACUGAGCAGGCGCAGCUCUACAAGGAACAGGUUGACAAUGCUCUGCUGAAGCUGUACGCAGAGAGUGGAGGCGAAGAAUUAAUCCACUUGCUGUCCACUAACAAUGCAUGCCAGCUGAAUGAGUGUGUUCACUGUCUAGAGAAACACAAGAGAUACUUUGCUUUGGGCUUCCUUUAUCACAGCCAAGACCAGGAUUACAAUGCUAUUCAGACAUGGAUUCAAAUUGCUGAUGGUUAUCUUCAUGAAUCUACAGAGAAAGAUAUCCACAGGCAUAUAGUGGAGUUCCUUAGCUUUCAACAGAAAAGAGAGCUUGUCUGGAAAUAUGCUGAUUGGGCUUUGCAGAAGAACCAGGAGGUUGGAGUACAGAUCUUCACAAAGCGUCCUCAGAGAGAACAGGAAACCUUCAGUUAUGAAGAAGUCAUUGGUUUUUUAAAGCAAUACCAGCUGGCCUUAAUGCUAUACCUUGAGUAUUUGGUUACUGCCCGUAAUUCAAAGGAGGAGAGAUACCAUACUCUCUUAGCAAUGUCAUACCUUGAGCAUGUACUGAAGUUACUGGAAAAGAAUGACAGGGACAAAAUAACUUUCUUUGGAACAAGGACUAAAUUGCAGGACCUGCUUCAUGAGUCUUCCUUUUACAAUGUUUCCGUUAUACAAGACAAAGUACUGGAUACAGAAUUGCACACAGAAAAAGCAAUUCUGUACAGCAAACAAGGAAAGCAUGACAAAGCUCUGUGGAACUUGGUUCACAAAGAGCAGGAUUUUCAAGCAGCAGAGAGGUACUGUCAGAGAAAUUCUCAAGGCAAGGACAAGGCCUUUAGAAGCAUGCUGUUCUGUACUUUGCUAAAGAUCUAUCUGGAUUCAACCACCUGCAACACAAAUGAACUAGUGACUGCAGCAGUGGACCUGCUGAACAAUAACGUGGCUGUCUUUGACAUCGUCAGUGUCCUACAAAUACUUCCUGAUUCCUGGUCACUACAGCUGCUAUCCAGGUUUCUGGUUGAGUCUAUGAGAAUCAGUAUACACUACCGGAGAAUGGAGAGCAUGGAGAAGAGUUUGGCUCAAGCCGAACACCUUAGGUACAGGUAUUCAAGGGCUAAAGCUACAGAAGGAAUCGUAAAAGUAGCAAAAGAAAGGACCUGUCAAGUGUGUCACAAAUCUUUCACAGAACCUACAUUUCUUUGGAGCCUGAGUGGAAUAUUAACGCACACACACUGUGCACGCAGAGAAACACACAGCGACCCGAAAUUUAAUUCAGGGACAUGAAAACUAAAAAAAGACAAAGACCCUGAAAAAUACCAUUGGGAUAACCUGAAGAAAUCUUAAGAGAACCAUUAGCAGGCCACAUCAGCAACACAACGCAUCUGGAACAAACAAUGUACAGUGAAAUCAAUGUGAUAACACACUGGUACCGACGAAGUACUGAAGCUGGGGUGGUCUCAUGGAAUAAAGGUUUUAACAACAAUGACUUUUUAUAUAUUACUCCCUAUAAUACUCAUUGUGUCGUCACGGCACUGUCAUACACAGCAGCACGUCCUGGCCUACUCCAUAACUCUGAACUAAAAGGUGAUAUAAUACAGUGCUGUAAAAAAGAUUAUCCUGGAGGAAUCAUAAUAACCAAUCGUUUAAUUAUAAUAUCUCACCAUACUGUGUAGAAAUUGAUUAUUGUUGUGUGCAUUCAAGCCUACUGAAUUUUCAGGAUUACAAAUGUACCAAUAAAUGCUAUAGCCAAGGAGAAAAUAAAACAAAUAAUGAAGUGACUGAUUGUCCUCUGUUAACUCUGUACAAUUGUGAAUAAUGUGGUUCAAACUAAACCUGACUUUGAGGAGUGUUUAGUGUUCAGUUUUGCACCCUCAUUGGUACAAGUUGAUAAUAAAUUGUAUUCUCGACUGUAAA